CGUUUUGUUCGACCAUCUUUUGGCGAAAGUUAUAGUGUGGUUCCCGUAGAUGUUCGACAUUCUAAUACUGUGUAUCAGCAUCGGAAACCAACUCUUGAAGUAAACCAUUAAUUGUCACCUGCCAGCUUAAGACAAAUCGACAGCACUGUUUCAAAACUGGAGCAGCCAUCGGACUAAGAACACCGGUUUUGAUCGGACCCGGUUUCAAAGCAUCUUCCACCUCCAAGACUGAAAAAUAUAUUUGCAAUAUAUUUAUAGUUACGUUCCACAGCAAAAUGAAUACAAUUACAGUGGAGGCGUUACGAGCUUGGUCGUCUGAUGGUUUGCAAUGGCUACUGAAGAGACCUCGCCAAGUCAUCUUUGCGGUUGCAGUCGCCGCGGUGGUAACGGCCAAGAUGAGGCACGCCUCCGCUAGACGGGAGAGGAGGCAACGAUGGGCUAAAAUUGGGAAGGACGUUGUGGUUCUCCACGGUUUCCCGAGAGGACGCUUUACUCCAAACACAUCUCCUUUCGUCAUGAAGUUAGAGACCUAUUUAAGAUUGGCCAAGAUUACAUAUGUGUUUGAUGAUACCGAACCAUUAGGACCCAAAGGACAGAGCCCAUGGAUCACCCUGAAUGGCGAAGAGAUCGCUGAUUCGCAGCUUGUAAUGGAAUUCCUGGCGAAGAAAUUUGAUAAAAACUUAACCAGCCGGUUACCAAAAGAGGAGCAAGCAAUAGCACUGGCUUUUAAUCUGAUGAUGACGGAGCACAUCACUUGGGGUCUCCGAGUUUGGCGUUACGUUAUCGACAGAGGAGAGGCACUAAGAAAAUGUUCGAAACUCGAUUCUCUCUCCGAAUAUCUAGUCUACUCUCUAUUCCCUCACAUCAUGAAGAAGCGCACUUGGGUGCAGGGCAUUGGGAGGCACACGGAGAAAGAGGUAGAGGAAAUGCUUAGACAGGACAUCGACGCUCUCUCCCAUUAUCUAGGUCAAAAGCCAUUCUUAAUGGGUGACAGACCUUGUGAAGUUGACUGCACCCUGUUCGGCUAUACUUCCCAAAUCCUUUGGGGAAUUACAACGGAUCACCUUAUGGCAAGAUGGUCAAGGAGGAUUAUCCAAAUCUAGAGGCCCACCACACCCGAAUGCGAAGUCUUUUGUACCCAGAUUGGAAUGAACUGUGUCCAGAAGCCACUGAAGAGUGAAGCCAUCGGAGGAGUUUUUGGAAACAGAAGAAGCAAUACUUUGACUUCAUAUGUAUUAUGCAAUUUUUUUUCCUCAGAGAGCAUCCAUGUUGCAAUAUGCUGAGUUUGGUUCAUUUAUCACGUCGAGAGUCUUUAAAAGCAGAAGAAGCAAAACUCUGACUUCAUAUUAUGCAAAUUUUUUUUCGACAGAGAGGCUCCAUGUUUGUAUAUGCUGGAGUUAGUUCAUUUAUCAUGUCGAGCUUGUGCCUUUUGUCUGAAUGAAUCUUUAAAUCAC